AUGGCUGAAAAUAGCCCAAUUAUUGUUGUGACUGAAAAAAAAGACGUGAAAGAAUUUAAGAUACAACGACCCCAAAAGAAUACAUCGUGGUGGACAAAUCACUGGAGAGCAAUUCUUGGUGAACUUAUUGUAACCGCAUUAUUAAUAUUUUUCGGAUGUUUAGGCUGCGUACCUAUCGAAGGAUUACCAGUGACACCUCUAUAUAGCCCGGCAGGAUUUGGUCUUAUCACUUUAUUAUUGGUUCAAAGUUUUGCACAUAUUUCUGGAUCACACAUGAACCCUUGCGUAACGUUGGGUGCCAUGAUUUUGAAUAAGAUUCCUAUUCCACUUGGGAUAGCAUAUAUUAUCGUGCAGAUUUGUGGUGCCAUCUUAGGAUAUGGUAUAUUAGUUGGACUAUCACCAACAGACGUAGUUACAGAUGGUGUUUGUGCCAACCACCCGCAUUUAAAACAUUCGAUAUACCAAACUUUAGGUGCUGAAAUAAUAUUUACAGGAACGCUUAUGCUUAUCGUAUGUGCUUUAUGGGAUCCAGUCAAUGAAGAGAAAAACGAAACUGUUCCAAUCAAGUUCGGUCUUGCUUUGUCUGGCUUAGCGAUAUGUAGUGGUCCUUUGGCAGGGGUUAGUAUGAACCCAGCAAGGUCGUUUGGACCGGCAGUUUGGACUGGUAUUUGGACUGCCCAUUGGGUAUAUUGGGUUGGUCCUACACUCGGAAUAGCAUUAUCUGCUUGGUUCUACAAAUUGGUAUGGCUUAAGAAGAAAAAUGUCAAAGAGCAACCGUUACAGGCUUGGACAAAUGACAGUAACGAGCUCUAGAUUACGUUUUAUCAAACAGAUAAGGUAUUGUGAUAGACAUUUGGUAUUUUUUUUAAUUAGGUUUUUUUAAGACUGCGUGUGUCCGAAUAUGUGUCCGAAUUUUAAUUUAGUGGGUAGCACAGAUCUGUUUUUUUUUUACUUGUGUUUUGUUUUUUAAAAUAUUAAUUGUGUUGUAUAAUACCAAAAAUGUUACAGCUAUUGUUGAUUAUUUCCUGCUAGGUAGCCUAAGUACCCUAGUUACUAUAAUGUUACACAUAGGCUUAAAGUUAUUUAUUUGGACUAACAAUAGACAAUCCUCAUCAUUUGUUGCACUAAGAAUUAAAAUCGUUGUUGACUGUUAGUGAUACAAAAACUCACAUUAAAUACAUAAUAUCUCA